AUGAUGCAACUUUUGCGACUUUUGCUGGGGCUUCUGGGGCCAGGUGGCUACUUGUUUCUUUCAGGGGAUUGUCAGGAAGUGGCCACUCUCACUGUGAAAUACCAAGUGUCAGAGGAAGUGCCAUCUGGCACGGUGAUAGGGAAGCUCUCCCAGGCACUGGGCUGGGAGGAGAGGCAUGGGCAAGCGGGGGCUGCCUUCCAGGUCUUGCAGCUACCUCAGGCACUCCCCAUCCAGGUGGACCCCCUGGACGGCUUGCUCAGCACGGGGAGGCGUCUGGACCGAGAGCAGCUCUGCAGGCAGCAGGAUCCCUGCCUGGUUUCCUUUGAUGUGCUUGCCACAGGGGAUUUGGCUCUGAUCCACGUGGAGAUUGAGGUGCUGGACAUCAAUGAUCAUGAGCCACAGUUUCCCAAAGGCGAGCAGGAGCUGGAGAUCUCUGAGAGUGCUUCUCUGCGCACCCGGAUCCCCCUGGACAGAGCUCUGGACCCAGACACUGGCCCCAACACGCUGCACUCCUACUCCCUAUCUCCCAGUGAGCACUUCGCCCUGGAUGUCAUUGUGGGGCCCGAUGAGACCAAACACGCGGAGCUUGUGGUGGUGAAGGAGCUGGACCGGGAAAUCCACUCAUGUUUUGAUCUGGUGUUAACUGCCUAUGACAGUGGGAACCCCCCCAAGUCAGGCACCAGCUUGGUCAAAGUCAACGUCCUGGACUCCAACGACAACAGCCCUGUGUUUGCUGAGAGCUCACUGGCACUAGAAAUCCAAGAAGAUGCUGCCCCUGGUACUCUCCUCAUAAACUUGACCGCCACCGACCCUGACCAAGGCCCUAACGGAGAGGUGGAGUUCUUUCUCAGUAAGCACGUGCCUCCGGAGGUGCUGGACACCUUCAGUAUUGAUGCCAAAACAGGCCAGGUAAUUCUGCUCCAACCCCUAGACUAUGAGAAGAAUCCUGCUUAUGAGGUGGAUGUCCAGGCAAGGGACCUGGGCCCCAAUCCCAUCCCAGCCCAUUGCAAAGUCCUCAUCAAGGUUCUGGAUGUCAAUGACAACGCUCCAAGCAUCCACAUCACAUGGGCCUCCCAGCCGUCACUGGUAUCAGAAGCUCUUCCCAAGGACAGUUUCAUUGCUCUCGUCACGGCCAAUGACUUAGACUCAGGAAACAAUGGUCUGGUCCACUGUUGGCUGAGCCAAGAGCUGGGUCACUUCAGGCUGAAAAGGACCACUGGCAACACAUACAUGCUGCUAACCAAUGCCAUGCUGGACAGAGAGCAGUGGCCUGAAUACGCCCUCACUCUAUUGGCCCAAGACCAAGGAACCCAGCCUUUAUCGGCGGAGAAACAGCUCAGCAUCCAGAUCAGUGAUGUCAAUGACAACGCACCUGUGUUUGAGAAGAGCCGGUAUGAAGUCUCCACUAGGGAAAACAACCUGCCCUCUCUUCACCUCAUUACCAUCAAAGCUCAUGACGCAGAUCUGGGCAUUAAUGGACAACUCUCAUACAGAAUCCAGGACUCCCCAGUCUCUCAUUUGGUAGCCAUGGAUCCAGACACCGGAGAGGUCACUGCUCAGAGGUCACUGGACUAUGAGCAGAUGGCUGGCUUUGAGUUCCACGUGAUUGCAGAGGACAAGGGACAGCCCCAGCUCUCAUCCAGUGUCUCUGUGUGGGUCAACCUCCUGGAUGCUAAUGAUAAUGCCCCAGAGGUGAUUCAUCCCCUCCUCAGUGAUGGGAAAGCCAGCCUCUCGGUGCUUGUAAAUGCCUCCACAGGCCACCUUCUGGUGCCCAUUGACACUCCCAAUGGCUUAGGUCCAGCAGGUACUGACAAAGCACCACAGGCCGCCCACAGCUCCCAGCCAUUCCUUUUGGCGACCAUUGUAGCAAGAGAUGCAGACUCGGGGGCAAAUGGAGAGGUCUUCUACAGUAUUCGGAGUGGGAAUGAAGCCCGCCUCUUUGUCCUCAGCCCUGACCUGGGGCAGCUGUUCAUCAAUAUCACCAAUGCCAGCAGCCUCAUUGGGAGUAAGUGGGAGCUGGAGAUAGUGGUAGAAGACCGUGGCAGCCCCUCCUUGCAGACCCAAGCCUUGUUGAGGGUCUUGUUUGUCACCAGUGUGGACCACUUCAGGGACUCAUCCCCUGAUCCUGGGGCCCUAAGCACAUCGGUGCUGACGGUGAUUUGCCUGGUUGUCCUGCUGGCCAUCUUUGGGUUGAUCUUGGCUUUGAUCGUGUCCCUCUGCCGGACAGAGAAGAAGGACAACAGGGCCUAUAACUGUCGGGAGGCUGAAUCCACCUACCGCCACCAGCCCAAGAGGCCCCAGAAACACAUUCAGAAAGCAGAUAUCCACCUCGUCCCUGUGCUCAGGGGCCAGGGGGACGCGCCUGGUGAAGUCGGGCAACCCCCAAAGGAUGUUAGCAAAGAAGCAAUGAUGGAAGCAGGCUGGGACCCCUGCCUGCAGGCCCCCUUUCAUCUCACACCGACCCUCUACAGGACCCUGCGUAACCAAGGCAACCAGGGAACGCUGGCUGAGAACCGAGAGGUGCUGCAGGACACAGUCAACCUCCUUUUCAACCAUCCCAGGCAGAGGAAUGCUUCUCGGGAGAAUCUGAACCUUCUUGAGCCCCAGCCUGCACUGGGCCAGCCCUGCUCAAGGCCCCUGAAGGCGGCAGGCAGCCCCACAGGGAGGCUGCCCAGAGAGCAGGGCAGCGAGGAGGCCCUGCUGAACUCACCAGCCUCUUCUGCAACCCUGAGGCGGCAGCGAAACCUCCAUGGUAAAGUGGCCCCUGAGAAAGAGUCAGGCCCCCGUCAGAUCCUGCGGAGCCUGGUCCGGCUGUCCGUGGCCGCCUUUGCAGAGCGGAACCCCGUAGAGGAGCUCACUGUGGAUUCUCCUCCUGUUCAGCAAAUCUCGCAGCUGCUGUCCUUGCUGCAUCAGGGCCAAUUCCAGCCCAAACCAAACCACCGGGGAAACAAGUACUCAGCCAAGCCCUGCGGUGGCAGGAGUGCAGUCCCAGAAACAGAUGGCCCAGGGACUAGGGCUGGUGGCCAGGCGGAACCGGACCAGGAGGAGGGACCCUUGGACCUUGAAGAGGACCUCUCGGUGAAGCAGCUGCUAGAAGAAGAGCUGUCCAGCCUACUGGACCCCAACAAAGGCCUGGCCCUGGAACGGCUGAGUGCCCCAGACCCCGCCUGGAUGGCUAGGCUUUCCCUGCCCCUUACCACGAACUACCGUGACAACGUGUUCUCCCCGGACACUGCAGCCUUGGAGGAGCCGAGGACCUUCCAGACGUUCGGCAAGGGGUCGGGGCCGGAGCUGAGCCCGACUGGCACGCGGCUGGCCAGCACCUUCCUUUCUGAGAUGAGCUCGCUGUUGGACAUGCUGCUGGAGCAGCGUGCCAGCGUGCCCGUGGAGGCCGCCUCCGAGGUGCUGCGGCGGCUCUCCGUCUGCGGGAGGACCCUCAGUCUAGACCUGGCCACCAGUGGGGCCUCCGGCACGGACAUCCACGGAAGCCCAAGUGGAAAGGGGGCUGAGGGCAGGACCAGCAGUAGCAGCAGCAGCAGGGGCCUGUGGAUCCAAGAACGAGGGGCCCCAGGAGACAUUAGAGAGUCCAGGCCCUGAGGUUCCUUGGACAUGUGGUUUCUAAAAUUGUUGAACUCACUGAGCUGAGGUGGCUCGAGAACUUCAGGUUAACUGAUGCCGCCCCACAGAGGGGGCAGGGGCCGAAGGACUAACAGCUGGCUCACCAAAGCAGCUCCUUGUUAAGAGCUGGCUCUGAAUUUUUGGAGGACAGAGAUAGUU